UCAUUCCCUUCUCACUUUCAACGCAUCGUCGGUUUCUUUUGGUCCCUCGGGAGAUUUUCGCCAUGGACGCCGACGCUUCCAACCGCCGCGUAGGCCUUCUUCUGUGGGUCAUUAUUGCGUUCAGCGGCGUCGUUUUCACUGCUGCUGAGCUUCAGCGAUUUUCCCAUCCGCCCAAAGACGACGGCUCUCUCAGCCUUCUGGUCGUCGGAGACUGGGGACGAAAGGGCGAAUACAACCAAUCUCAAGUUGCAGCUCAGAUGGGAAUCGUAGCAGAAAAAUUGGAGGUUGAUUUUGUAAUUUCAACAGGCGAUAAUUUUUACGAGAGGGGACUUAAAGGUACCGACGAUCCUGCAUUCGAAGAGUCAUUUUCCAAAAUAUACACAGCACCAAGCUUGCAAAAGGAGUGGUAUAGUGUUUUGGGUAACCAUGACUAUAGAGGAAAUGUUGAGGCCCAACUGAGCCCACAUUUGAAAAAAUUGGAUAACAGAUGGAUUUGCUUGAGAUCUUUCAUAGUUGAUACCGAAAUUGUGGAGUUCUUUUUUGUGGACACAACUCCUUUUGUGGACAAGUAUUUUAAUGAUCCCGGAGAAGAGGUCUACGAUUGGAAGGCUAUUUUACCAAGACAAAAUUACCUUUCUAACCUUCUCAAGGAAGUGGAUUCAGCUCUAAAGGAUUCAAACGCAAAUUGGAAGAUAGUUGUGGGACAUCACACAUUAAAAAGUGCUGGACAACAUGGUGACACUCAGGAGCUACUUCACCAGCUUCUUCCCAUUCUUGAGGAAAACAAAGUGGAUUUCUACAUGAAUGGACAUGACCAUUGCUUGCAACACACAAGCAGCACGAACAGCCCACUUCAAUAUUUUACAAGUGGGGGAGGAUCAAAGGCAUGGAGAGGAGACAUAAACUGGAUGGAUCCAAAGGAGUUGAAGUUUUAUUACGAUGGGCAGGGCUUCUUGUCCUUACAAAUCACUCCUUCCCAAGCUAACUUUACAUUCUUUGAUGUCUUUGGCAAUGUGUUGCACCAAUGGGCCUCCUCCAGGCCACUUCUUCAUCACUCUGCCAUUUGAACUCCUCAACUCUCAACCUAUGUGUAUAUCAAUACAUGUGUGCUUUCUAAGCCUCUCAACAGCUUAGGCUUUCCUCUGUAUUAUCAUUCAUAUCAUUUACUAUCCACAACUUUAACGCCCA